GACACCCGCAACUUGUCAGUCAGGAUCCCCGAACGACUAGCAUCCCCUGGCACUGGUGAAAUAACAGCCAUACUGAGAGCCGCACAAACCACUCCCCUGAACUCCCCUCUCCACGUCAUAGUCAAAUCUCCUCGCUUAAGAAAAGACUUAACAAAAAACCUUCGAAAUCUAGAGGACCUCAAUUGGUCAACCCCCGAACACCCUACCCUAAUGAGAUCGCUAGUCACAAACCUAAGAACACGCAGUGCGCUAACGACCCUAAAUGGUUGGGACAACACCACAUCAAAAUUCACCACAGAAGGAGCAUCGAGCCUAGCCUCAUUGACCUACAACAUCUAUGUAGAUGUAUAA